GGGUUAUGAGGGGGAGCCUGGACCACCAGGCAAUAGAGGUAGAAAAGGAGACAAGGGGAAUAAAGGUGUCAGAGGCAUCAUCGGGAUUCCUGGCUACUUGGGAAUAGCAGGAGCCAGGGGUCCAACAGGUUUCCCCGGAAGAUCAGGAACACGGGGGCCAACUGGUGCGACAGGAUUUAGCGGACCACCAGGCCCACAUGUAUGGCAAAAUGGGCCCAAGAGGAGGAAAAGGCGUCCCGGGAGUAAAGGGACCUCCUGGUCAACAAGGUGACAUCGGUCUUAGAGGAGCGGUUGGACCUCAGGGAGAGCCUGGUCCUGUUGGAAUCGUUGGUUUCCCGGGAAUACGCGGUCCUCAGGGGAACCCGGGACCUGUUGGACCCCCAGGUCCAAAGGGAGAUACGGGUGGUCCAGGAGAUGAAGGAGACAUAGGGGAACCUGGACCCGAGGGUCUUUACGGAGCCAAUGGGAAUCCAGGAUUGCUUGGACCCUCAGGGGGUGAAAGCUAUGCGUGGUCAAAGAGGUGCUCCAGGAUUUAAGGGAGACAUAGGGCUCCCGGGGCCUCCAGGUAAGCCAGGAUAUAAGGGCCGUCGGGGCCCAAUGGGACUCGAGGGACUUGCAGGGCCAACGGGACCCGUAGGACUUCCUGGACCCGACGGAAUGGACGGCAUCAUGGGAGAG